GCGAGCGCGUCUCGUUUAUCACGUCAGGAGUUUGGGAAGUGGAUUUGAACUCCAAGCGAGGAGUAAAAUCACGAUUUUAUCGGCUCCACACAUAACACACACACACACAUACUUUUCCCCCGGGAUUUGCUCUGCUGUCUCCCAUGUUUCGGAUAUGGACACGGUUUCUGGUCAGUGUUGUAGGUGUGCUGCUCACGCCAGGUGUGCAUCGCGCAUUGGCGAUCGAGGUGUCCACGCCCAAGGAGCUGACGGCGGUUAACGGGACAGAUGUGCGGCUCAAGUGCACGUUUAAAUCCAGCCAUCCGGUGUCGGAGAAAUCCGUGUCUGUGUCCUGGAGCUUCAAACCGCUUGGGUCGAGAUUGGAGGAACAGUUCUUUUUCUAUCAAGAGGAGUCCUUCCCGCCUACUCGCGGUCUGUUUAAAGGUCACGCGGUGUGGUCGGGGAACGUCCUGAAGAACGACGGUUCCAUCACACUGACCGACGUGCAGUCCAGCUUUAACGGCACCUACACCUGCCAGGUGCGCAAUCCACCCGACGUGCACGGCUUCACCGGCGAGCUCCGCCUCGAAGUGGUUCAGUCAGUGACGCUCUCCGAGAUCGGAAUUCUGGCUGCGGCGGUGGGCGGAGCCAUCCUGCUCGUCCUCGUCAUCCUCACCAUCGUCUUCGCUGUGCGCUGUUACCGAGGUCGCCACGGAGACGCGGGCAUUGAGCUGCAAGACUCGAAGCGGGCAAGCGUAUGCGCUAAGCACGAGUUCAUGCCAAUAAGCAGACCGGAGAACGAGCUAGAAAAGGACUCCAAGAUGAUCUAGAAAACCGCAAACUUCACGGAGAGGCAAGCCAAGAGCGACGCUUAAAACCCGGCAACGAACGACCGCUAAGCAAACGCGGCGAAUCUGGUCCAAAAUGGACAUGUCUUCUAGAUUCUGUGAAACCAGAUGCAAAUUGCAAUUACUUCCUUUUGUACGUAUCUUUUUAUAUAUUUUUAAAAUAUCAACAUAUGUUUAGUGCUUCAUGCUAACAAUGCCUACGAAAAACGAGCAGACCAAACAUCGAGUGACGUUAGCCAGGAUCAAAACGUAACCGAAUACGUACUAACGGUGCAUUUUUACAUCGACGCUAGCCCUGAAGUGAUGGAAAGAAGCGACGAAGCCCGCGUGGGACGUGACGCAACACUAUUGGAACAAAUUAGCAGCUUUUUAAAAGGCUCUCGCGACCUGGACCGGUCCGAGUGUUAGCAAACUAAAAAAGGAUCAAUCCGAGCAUGCUAGCAAAGGCGAUAACACUGAUAUGCCUAAAAGAGGAACGAUUUUCCUUGAAACUUUGACUAAAAGAACGAAAACAUCCAACUGAACACCCAACACGGUCCGACUUGCAAACGUACACGAAUAUGAAACGUUAGAAACGGUUCGUUUUACACUAAAGGAAGGUGUAGAUCGCUUUUAUUACGAUCUUUACGUGUAGAUCAGAUGAAACGUUGCUUAUACGUGGCGGUUUUCAGCGCGAAGGCCGAACCGCUAAAUAAAAGUUUUAAUACUAAAAAAAAUAUCACCUCAAAAUGAUACAAAUAAUGAUCAGGAUGUUUACAAAUAAUCAAUUCUGAAUGAGGUUCAUGUUUUUUUCAAACCGCGCUGUAUCGUUUCAUUCUCGUAAAUUCUUUUAAUCCAGAUUUUAAAAAAAUAAAAUAAAAUAAAAUAAAACUACUUUUAAACUAAUGAGACUAAGAAAGAAUUACUGUUAUUAUCGUUAGUGUUAUUUUUAUCAGACUAACCUGCCUAAUUUUUUUUAUUUAAAAAAAAAAUCAUUAUUGAGAAUUUAUAUUAGAGAAUAAUAUUAUUUUCCAUUAUACGCUGUAUGUUAAGAACAGGACUAGAAUUAGUUUGAAAUUCAAUGUUCUUCUUUAUGCUGUAAUUUUUAUAUACUGUGUUUGAGAAAUUUUUUAAAAGAUGGUUUAUAAGUUUCUUGAAAGUUUUAUGAUGAAUAAAUAUUGGUGUA